CGUCGAUCUCCAGAUUUAUCCUUGACGCUGCAUUGGACCAUUAAUAUGGCACCGGGAAUCUGUACCCAGCUCUCUAACCAAGAAAAGAUUGAUAUGCGACGGAUCCGUGGUCAGCUGUCGUGUGCUGAAUGUCGUAGGCUAAAAUUAAAAUGCGACAAACAUGUCCCAUGCGCCUCGUGCGUUCGUAGGGGUUGUGAAUCGAUAUGCCCGACAGGCACUCUGUCAAACGGCUCCGGGAAAAAGUUAGUGAUAUCCGACACUGGCACCCUACAUCAGAAGGUAGAAGAAAUGGGGCAACGAAUACGAGAAUUGGAGGAGGCCUUGGCUGACUUCCAAGCUUUGACUUCGAAGGAACCGCAUCCGCUCUUGCGGCGAGAACUGCUGAUGAUUAAAUAUCCACCCGGAAUGUCUCUUCCUUCUACGCAGAGCGCAGAUAACCCACCUAUGGACUUAUCGGAUGCUCUGGGAACGCUCACUAUAGGCGAACAUGGAGACGUCAAGUACUUUGGCCACUCCGCGGGCACAGAGAGCCUGUUGUUGGCUGGUGCUGAGAUGCAAGAGAGCGCCCUAGACAACUCUAUACGAGUCGUUCAUCGGCUGGUACCCAAUUUUCCUUUCAAAAAUUCAGGUUGGGACGUUGAAAAAUCCCUGGAAAUACUUUAUGGUUUCCUUCCUCCAAAGCCCCGUGCUUGGAGCUUGUGUGAAACUUUCCAGGAACACGGCACCACAGGCAUCCGGGUCAUAGAGCGAAGUGAAAUUAUUGCUGAACUCCUCACUCCAAUCUAUCGGCACCUUGGAGAUGCAAAGGAACAUCGCCCAAGGAAGCCCCCACCUUUGUCUUGCCAUAAACUGGCCGUCUUGUUCUUUAUAUUUGCGUUGGGUGCUCUGGUUGAUUUAACUCUUCCGCCUUACAAUACUGAGGCGGACAAUUAUUUUGACCUUGGUUGCGCUGCGCUGAAUCUCCACCGUAUAUUCAAUAGCCCCGAGUUGGCAACUAUACAAGCUGUUUUGCUUAUGGCUGUAUAUGUCUCGCAGGGUGGCCGGAGAUAUACCAGGGAUGGAGCCUGGACUUUAUCUUCGAUGGCUGCGAAGUUGGCGCAAAGCCUUGGUCUCCAUCGAGAAAGCUCACAAAGGACAAUGGACACGAAGACGUUACACAAGAGAAGAAAGCUGUUUUGGGAGAUUUUCUACAUAGACACUUUUAUGAGUCUAACUCUUGGGCGUCCUCCGUCAAUCCGCCUCAGUUAUGUUGACUGUCAAUUUCCGACAGACCAUGAAGAGACUCUUGAUAAUGACGGCAACCGCUUACCAGGACAGGAUCGAUACAGAUAUAUUUUUACGACGAAGAUCGUUACCAAAGUUGUCGAACUUGUGCUAGGUGCAAAACCCCCAUCCUAUCAAACUAUCCUUGAAUUGGACAAAGAAUUCCGUCAAAUGCGCCCUCCGCGCCAUAUCAGUGCAAAGUACCAAAAACUAGAUGAUAUAUCUACACCCUCAGAGUACAUGCGCGGACAUUUUCUAUCGCGGUUACGAGGAAUCACUGGUCUGUAUAUACAUCGAGGGUUCUUUGUUCAAGCUAUACUUGGCCAUCCUGAAGAUCCGUUAUGUAGCCCGUUCGUGGCGUCGUAUCUUGCCGCCUAUCGGUGCGCGUCCGGCAUCAUCCAGUCCCAUGUCAAGCACUUUGCAAAAUUUCCGUUGUUGCUGAUGCGUCGGUGGACUGUCUGGAGUAGCUUGUUUUCUGCUGCUAUUGUGGUAGCAACGAUAGCCACAAGAGCUCCGCCCUCACCGAUGGCAUCAAAAGCAUUCGCUGAUCUAGGCCUGGUCGUUGACUGGUUUGAGAAAGGUGCACUUCAUUCAGUGCGAGCGCGCAGUGGCUUGACAAUACUCCGACCGCUGCGUGACAAAGCUGUUUCUAUCUUUUCUCAGAGACAAGAUCCCAGUGCCUCCAGCUGUCCAGAUGACUCUCAUGAUUUCAAUGCCGCCACCGACCUCGAAUUAGAAAUAUUUGGUGGACACACCAAAGUCAUCGUAAGCAAAGUGCUUUCACAAAGACGCACGUUCAAGGCCGCUGAGCCGCCCACAUCUGUGAUGGACUGCAUACAAGAAUCUAUCUCGGAUGAGUCGCUUGUCGAUUACAUGAUCUCGCACAUAGGUGAUUAUACGCUUAACCAACCUGACGAUAUUUCAUCAAUGACAUACACGUCCAACGCAUUUACUCCCGUCCCUACGACAUUUAAUGAUCCUCUUCAGGACCCCUCAUUAUUCGAGAGCAUAGAUUUCCCGAUGCAUCCACCAUCAUUCUUUCAAGAUCAGCAUGCCAACCCCAUACUGGAACCGUCCAUGUCGUCUUUUCUAUCCAUCCAUCCGGAUAUAACGAACGAACCAUUUAUACAACCGUUGGAUAUCAUACCCCCUUUCGACGAUACAUAGUCUGAUGCACGAACAUCCGAAGGCGGAAUGAGUGGUCCUCUUUCAUGUCGGAUCCACGCACGCUCGACGUUCCAACACCGAAGCUUUACGAUAUGUAGGGAGCGCAUAGUACGGCCAUAUAUUUCAUCCAUACAUUAUUCUAUUAGUAGGACCAGUCAGCUGCUGAGGCCUGAGAUAACUUGAGAAGGCACAGUGACUUAAAAAUUACAAAACAUUUGUCAAUGG